GACAUCUUUUGAUCCAACCUUAUUACAACUUCCAAUCUCAUUUUAUCCUAGCGUAUUACCUCUAACUAUGGGCAAUACAUCCUCCACACCACAGCCACCGAAGAUCACGGCGCAGGACAAGGCUGUCCUCCAAUUAAAGAUCCAGCGUGACCGGCUCAUCCAGUACCAGCAAAAGCUCAGCCUCGUGACGGGCCGCGAGUUGCAGAUUGCGCAGGAGCUGCUUCGGGCGAACAACAAGUCACGGGCGUUGUUGGCGUUGAAAAAGAAAAAGUAUCAACAGUCGAUGCUCGACAAGUCAUACAACCAGCUCGCAACGUUGGAGGAACUUAUUGGGAACAUUGAGUUCAAGCUUGUGGAGAAAGACUUUUUCGCAGGCUUGCAGACUGGCAGUGAGUUGUUAAAGCAGUUGAAUCGGGAGGUUAGUUUGGAGAAGGUUGAGAAAAUCAUGGACGAUACCGCCGAGGGCAUCGCGUACCAGGAAGAGGUUAGCGAAAUGCUCGGUAGUGCCAUCAACGAGCAAGAAGCCGCUGAAGUUGAGGAAGAGCUAGAACGGAUGGAGCGUGAGGAAUUGGCCAAACAGCCUGCGAAGGUGGUGUUGCCGGAAGCUCCGCAGAACCCGCUUAUGCCGAGUGUCCCCAGCAAGGUUGAGGAGAGAGAAACUGGGGAGAAGGGCCGUGAAAGUUCUCAGGCGAUGCUAGCAUGAUUUGGGCAUAAUCCAUUGAGCUGCAAGCAAUUACCAGCUGAAAAUAAUUAGCGAAUGAAAUGGGUUGAUAGGUUGGUUUGCAGUACUAGUUAAUGACAAAUCAGGAUAUGGAAUCCGGUUAUAUCAUGGGCUCAGGCCAGAAGUUCCUGGUAAUUACACCUAGGAAGAUGGUGUUGCAUAACUAUGGUAUAGCCUAAUGGUUUGUGAAAGCAUUGACAGUGACUAUCCACUUAAACUGUAUAGAGCAAUAUAUGUUUCUUGUGGUAAAGGUACACUUUAUUAUAUUUUCAUCUCGUU